UGUAAGGAUCUGGAGGAGGCAGCAGCACAGGAUCCAGCAGAAGCAGCUCUGUGGUCAGGAUAUCUGUCCGGGAUCAGCGACAGACACUGAAUCAUCUCCCAUCAUAACGACCUAGCAGGCGACAUGUCCCAAACGAAAGACACGGUGGUCCUGGCAUACAGCGGGGGUCUCGACACCUCCUGCAUCCUGCUGUGGCUGAAGGAGAAGGGCUAUGACGUCAUUGCUUACCUGGCAAACAUUGGGCAGAAUGAAGACUUCGAGGAGGCGCGGAAGAAAGCGAUAAACCUGGGAGCAAAGAAGGUCUUCAUUGAGGACGUACGGAAGGAGUUUGUGGAAGAUUUCAUCUGGCCGGCUGUCCAGGCCAACGCCAUCUACGAGGAUCGCUACCUGCUGGGCACCUCGCUGGCUCGUCCUUGUAUAGCCAAGAAACAAGUUGAGAUCGCCAAAAGAGAGGGCGCCAAGUACGUCUCCCACGGGGCUACCGGGAAGGGUAAUGAUCAGAUCCGCUUUGAACUGACCUGUUAUUCUCUGUAUCCGGAGGUGAAGAUCAUCGCUCCAUGGAGGAUGCCGGAAUUUUACAACCGUUUCAGGGGACGCACUGACCUAAUGGACUAUGCCAAGAAACAUGGGAUCCCCGUACCGGUCACCCCAAAGAGCCCCUGGAGUAUGGAUGAGAACAUCAUGCAUAUAAGCUAUGAAGCGGGGAUCCUGGAGAACCCUAAGAACCACGCUCCUGAUGAGCUUUAUGUGAAAACGAAAGACCCCCGCACCUCCCCGAACACCCCUGACAUCUUGGAAAUUGAGUUUAAGAAAGGUGUCCCCGUGCAAGUCACGAACCUUCAGGACGGAAAACAGCAUCGCACCGCGCUGGAGCUCUUCUCCUAUCUCAACGAAGUCGCGGGCAAGCACGGCGUGGGGCGGAUCGAUAUCGUGGAGAACCGAUACAUUGGGAUGAAGUCACGGGGUAUCUACGAGACGCCGGCUGGAACCAUCCUGCACCACGCACAUUUGGACAUCGAGACGUUCACCAUGGACCGAGAGGUGCGGAGGAUCAAGCAGGAGCUGUCACUGAGGUUCUCCGAGCAGGUCUACAAUGGUUACUGGUACAGCCCUGAGUGCGAUUUUGUCCGUUCCUGUAUCUCCAAGUCCCAGGAGCUGGUGGAAGGCAAGGUGCAGGUGUCUGUGCUGAAGGGGCAGGUCUACAUGCUGGGCCGAGAGUCGCCCCAGUCUCUGUAUAACGAGGAGUUGGUCAGCAUGGACAAGCAGGGAGAUUACGAGCCAUGCGAUGCCUCUGGAUUCAUCAGGAUUAAUGCCGUCAGGUUAAAAGAAUAUCACCGAUUGGGGAAGAAGGUCACAGCAAAAUGAGAAGAAGAAAAAAAAAAGCGAACAAAGCCGCGGCGAAGGAAGAGGAGUGCGGCGGCCGCGAGCUUCUUGUUCCCAGCCCGUUUCUACUUCCCCGCAGUCACUGAUUGGUCGCAGAGAUCAAUGAAAAUGUUUUGUGCAGUAAAUCGCAGGUUAGACAAGUCCGACUUCUGUAAGAAGAGCAAUUACUGGAGGUUGCGUGGGGUGUAAGGGGUUAACAGCGCAGAUAUUAAAAGGAAAUCAUUUCUGGAGAGUCAAUUAAAAAUAAAUAAAAGCCGUGAAUUCAG